UGCGAGCGCUGAGCGGCGCGAGGAGAUGCGACAGGGCGCCGCGCCUCCGGCACCAUGCGCCCCCCGCCCGCGCUGGCCCUGGCCGCGCUCUGCCUGCUGGCGCUGCCCGCCGCUGCCGCCGCCGCCUACUUCGGGCUGACCGGGCGGGAGGUCCUGACGCCCUUCCCAGGGCUGGGCACGGCUGUGGCCCCUGCACAGGGUGGGGCCCACCUGAAGCAGUGUGACCUGCUGAAGCUGUCCCGGCGGCAGAAGCAGCUCUGCCGGAGGGAGCCCGGCCUGGCCGAGACCCUGCAGGACGCUGCCCACCUCAGCCUGCUCGAGUGCCAAUUCCAGUUUCGACACGAGCGCUGGAACUGCAGCCUGGAGGGGAGGACUGGCCUGCUCAAGAGAGGUUUCAAGGAGACAGCCUUCCUGUACGCAGUGUCCUCGGCCGCCCUCACCCACACUCUGGCCCGGGCCUGCAGCGCCGGCCGCAUGGAGCGCUGCACCUGUGACGACUCUCCGGGCCUGGAGAGCCGGCAGGCCUGGCAGUGGGGCGUGUGCGGCGACAACCUCAAGUACAGCACCAAGUUCCUGAGCAACUUCCUGGGGCCCAAGAGAGGAAGCAAAGACCUGAGGGCUCGGGCGGAUGCUCACAACACCCAUGUGGGCAUCAAGGCAGUGAAGAGUGGCCUCAGGACCACGUGUAAGUGCCACGGCGUGUCGGGCUCCUGCGCCGUGCGCACCUGCUGGAAGCAGCUCUCCCCCUUCCGAGAGACGGGUCAGGCGCUCAAGCUGCGCUAUGACUCAGCCGUCAAGGUGUCCAGCGCCACCAACGAGGCCUUGGGCCGCCUGGAGCUGUGGGCCCCUGCCCGGCCCGGCAGCCCCACCAAGGGCCUGGCCCCGCGGUCUGGGGACCUGGUCUACAUGGAAGACUCGCCCAGUUUCUGCCGGCCCAGCAAGUACUCGCCCGGCACGGCGGGCAGGGCGUGCUCUCGGGAGGCCAGCUGCAGCAGCCUGUGCUGCGGGCGGGGCUACGACACCCAGAGCCGCCUGGUGGCCUUCUCCUGCCACUGCCAGGUGCAGUGGUGCUGUUACGUGGAGUGCCAGCAAUGCGUGCAGGAGGAGCUCCUGUACACCUGCAAGCACUAG